GUGCUAGGCUUUGGGUCUUAAGACAGGAUGAUAUGGGAUGGACACACCCUGAGUAUUCUGGGUAUUGGGGGAGGGGGGGCACACUGUUGGCCCCCUCCCCAACAGGAAAUCCUCCUCUUGAUGAAUCCUGGAAAGACAGCCUGGAAAGAUGAUGUUGUCAUCAGGCUGUCCCAAGGGCAGUUAUGAUUUAUUUUCUUUUGUCGUCUUUUUUUUUGUUUUGUUUUGUUUUUUCGGCUGCUGCUGCUGAAAUUUUAAAUGCUCUUGAUAUGCCAAGCCAAACUUAGCGGAUCAACAAAAGUUUAACAUCAUUAGCAAGCAUUUUAUCACUUUGAGUGAUUUUGAAAGUACUGUGAACUUGCAGAAUUUGAAGUAUGUCAUUUGAAAGAAGUACACUAAGCUGCUUGAAGGUCAUGUGAAUUUCUCACUUCCUGUGGCACUGCGUAAUGUAUUCCAAUGAAUCGAUGCACAGCUCAUCUGUGCAUUACUUCCACAGCUCAUCUUUGCAUUUGUCUGUGCAUUUCCCUUACAUCUGCCUGUGCAUUUCUCUCAUGUCGCUCUGAGAAUUUGAGUCAUGGUUUUCUGUGUUUCUCUGAUGUUUUUCUGUGUUUCUUUUUGGUCUAUAUGUGCAUCUUUCUUUCGUUUGUAAGCAUUUCACUCACAUGGGUCUUAGUAUUUCUCUCAUGUAGGUCUCUACGUCUGCGUUUGCAUCACGUUUGUCUGUGCGUUUGCAUCACGUUUGUCUGUGCGUUUGCAUCACGUUUGUCUGUGCGUUUGCAUCACGUUUGUCUGUGCGUUUGCAUCACGUUUGUCUGUGCGUUUGCAUCACGUUUGUCUGUGCGUUUGCAUCACGUUUGUCUGUGCGUUUGCAUCACGUUUGUCUGUGCGUUUGCAUCACGUUUGUCUGUGCGUUUGCAUCACGUUUGUCUGUGCGUUUGCAUCACGUUUGUCUGUGCGUUUGCAUCACGUUUGUCUGUGCGUUUGCAUCACGUUUGUCUGUGCGUUUGCAUCACGUUUGUCUGUGCGUUUGCAUCACGUUUGUCUGUGCGUUUGCAUCACGUUUGUCUGUGCGUUUGCAUCACGUUUGUCUGUGCGUUUGCAUCACGUUUGUCUGUGCGUUUGCAUCACGUUUGUCUGUGCGUUUGCAUCACGUUUGUCUGUGCGUUUGCAUCACGGUUGUCUGUACGUUUGCAUCAGGUUUGUCUGUGCGUUUGUCUGACGUUUGUUUCUGCAAGAGGAGAUGGGGGGGGGGGGGCCCCCAUCAUAAUUCUACAGCAGGGCAGGUGUGUAGAGGAACAGGUGUGGCCUCUGGGUAUGCUGGGGAGCACCACUCCCUUCCACAUUCACCCUGGUAUCAGCAUCUCAUCAGCACUCACUCUAACUGACUGCGUGAUAAAAUGUGUGUGUGUGUGCCCUGAUUAUGUGCUCUAACAUGCAAGAUGUGGUUUACCUCACACCUUCAAUGAGUGAAGGUUUGCCUCGCCUAAGGUUUGAGUGUUUUUAGUGCAAGGAAACCAAGAAAACACUUUUUAACACAUGAGCUAAACACAAUCUAGAUACUAUGAAUGUCAUUUUUACGAUUAUUUUAAAAUGCUGUUCAAAACUGUUUUUGUAUUAACAAUUUUUUUUUUU